GUCACACUCCCCCAUACAGAUUCCCAAGUAAGAGCUAGAUCUUCUGUCUCCUCCUUUCAACAGGACUUCCAAUGAACCUGUCCAACAUGUAUCGGCCCUCGCUACCUCCCAAGGCCUUCUUGACUUUCUUUGGCUUCCUGCUCCUAUGCCAUGAAUCGGAAGUGCACUUGCUGUCCAUGGCGAAUCCCAGGGAGAAGGCUUCCGAAGACCACCCACUGACCUCUGACUCCCCCUCUGUUCCUCUCCGCAUCUUCCUGAGCUCCAUCUCCCCGAAUUCCCCCCAGUUGCCCCAAAAAGGGGUUUCCUGCGAGGACUUGAUGCCUGAAGCCCUGGACGGUUUUGCUGAUGUGCCUGAGCUCUCCCAGACCCUCAUCCGAGCUGCCUUAGUGCUGGCCCUGCAAAGGGCAGGCUGUAGCCGGCAUGCGGAAACCCUCGUCUUGCACCUCUACGAGGAGCUAGGACAGGUAGAUUCGGACGACCUCCUCUUUGCGAUGGCCGGGUCUCUGAACACCACUCAGUCCCCCGGUCAGAGGAAGAGCAGCGUAGCCUUGCAAUUCAACUUGGACCAGCUUGCGCAAACGCCAGUCCAUCACUGCCGAGGUCUGUUGCCGGUGAACGGGUCCCUCCUGUACGGCAAGGCACACAAAGUCUACCGGGGUUUUCCAGCGGCUUCCAAAGCCUGUCACCGUCUAGGGGAUUCCUGUGCCGGCGUGGCCUCCAGCGACAGCACCAGCUUCUACGUGGUGGAAAGAAAGGGCAGCUACUUCCUGCCCCGCCAUGGCGCCACCUCCUGGCUCCACCAGUGCCGCAGGCUUGGAAGAGGCCGCCGUUCCACCGCGGAGGACUGCGACAAUGAGACUGAGGAGAAAAUCUACCUUAUCCUGGACUGGAUUCCUUGGGUCGGCGCCUUCUACAGCCUUGCCACCAGCGUGUACUUUGCAAAGCUGAACUGCAUGGAACUGGCGCAUCAGCGUGCUAUGAGCUGCGCCAUAGACAUAGGCCAUGAUUUUCUGCUUUUUGCGACUGGCGGGGCCAGCGGCGUUCUUGGCAUGGGGAUUUAUGCGGGGCUAAAGCCAGGCUUGAAGACAGCAGUGCGUGCCAUGCUGAGGUAUUUGAGAGAGGAGAGGAACACUUUUCCUGUCCCUUCCAACUACUCUGGUCCAGUCACCACCUUCUAGCUGCUCCAUAACUGUUCCUAGCCCAGAUGAAGCGACUCUCGUGAACUCUCCAUCGCCUAGAGAACACAGAUGUUUUUUGGGGUGGCAGAAACAGAGGAUCCUUAUUUGCUUGCUUUUGUCUGCUAGAAGUUCUAGUUCAAAGUGCUGGUUUUGAAAUUAUUAGAAAGGCCUGGGAUAAGACAUGUCUGAAAGCAAUGUGGAAAAUGAUUGUUUUU